AUGACUGCGGACGCCAGAAGGAGCAGAGGGCUGGGCGGCGCACAGGCUGCGGUAGGAGGCGGGACCGCGCAUCUCGUUCAAUGGGUCCCGGCGCCUGCCGGAUUGGCUAAGCUCGCUUGCCGUCGGGGUGGGCGGAGCCAGUUGUGCGCCGGGCUUGGGGCCCGCCCAGCGGCAGCCGGACGUGCUUCAGACCCCGCGCUCUGGGCAGCGGCUGGGUGCGUGGUCCGGUUGCUGCGUGGAGUGAAGCUGCUGGGCUGCUGCUCUUCUUGCCGCUCCCUGGCUCAGGGCCGCUGGUCGACCCCCACCCUCCCCACUCCCCUUGGCCUCGAUGUUCUCACCUUACAGGUGGCUCUUGGCCGAAGCACGAGGUCCGCGCCCCGCUCCUCUUGGUUAUCCCGCUCCCCCCCCCCCCACCUGGUCUCUCUUCCUCCCGGUCCGCAGCGGUCUCCAGGGUUCUCCGACGGUCGGAGCUCUGGCGUCCCGACAUGCGGCGGGCCGCUGUGCUCCUGCUGCUCAUCAGGACCCGGCCCUUGGAGGGCGACGACCCGAAACCCAGCUGGAAAUUCCGCUUUGAUUUCUAACCUCUCCUCGUCUGAUGUUCCUGACGUCGUUCUGGACUUCUUCGAUUGCGAUACUCAGCCCGGCGGCCGCCAUCUUCCCCGCGAUCUUCACUGCAGCCCGAUCCGUGUGUGGCGCGUCCGUCCUGCCAUGUCUGCCACAGAGGAGCGAGGGCCGAUCCCAGAGAUCGAGGACCAGGAGGAGGAUGAGUACCAGUCAGAAGAGGGAGACGAAACUGAGGAAGAGGUCGAGGAGGAGGAAGAGACACAAGAGGAGGACGAGAAUGGGCACGAGGGCGCGGGAGUGGUCGCGGGCCACGGGCCCCCCAUGGCGCAGUUUCAGUCCCUGUUCCGGGAUCCGGUCCAUUGCCGUGUGCACCACAGCCACUACAACUACCGUGUCCUGGUCGGGCCCCACGCCGGCCGCGUGAUGGUCAGGCGCCGCUCCCGACGGCUCUCGGACCCUGCAGAGGAUGCCGCGCCUCCUCAGGAGCAGGAAGACCUGGGAGAGGCAGAACCUCCUGAGGGCAGAGAACUAGAUUCUGCUGCUGAUUUUAAAUCGGGAAAUGUUUCCCACCACCUUGUGAUGCCAAAGUCCGUAUCAUUCGACACUAAAGAAGAGAGUGCACAUCAGUAUGAAAAUGCUGAGGAAGAGAAAGAGGAUGGAAAGGAAAAAGCAGAAGAAGGACCCAAAGUGGGUACGGUCUCAGCAGAGGGCAGCUCUGGAGAAUACAGUUGGAAGGCAUAAAAAGAAGUGGACGGCGAAAGAAGAGAUGAAUUUGUUGUUCACGGAUAUUCUAGUUUUCAUUAGCCCACAAUGCAAAUUUUGUUCCAAAGUUCAGCAUCCCAAAAUGAUAUUAACUGACAUCUGACUUUAUUCUGACCUUUUACAGAUAAAUUUGAUAGUAUUGUUCACAUUGAAAAUAAAAGCUUGUUUGACAUGAAUAA